AUGUGUUCUAAAGGAAUUGCAAUCAUUGGGAAAAGCCCUUUAUGGAGCAAAGUUAAUUGCCCAAAGUUUUCAAGUUCGAAACUGUUCUCACCACAAGGAUCCUGUGAGUGGUUCAGCCUGUUUACUUUCCAUGAUUGAAGAAGGCAACCCUCAUCACUUCUUUAUUGCUACACAGGACCAGGAUUUAGCAAACAAAGUGAAAAAGAAGGCUGGCGUUCCCCUCCUCUUUAUUAUUCAGAACACCAUGGUGCUAGACAAACCUUCUCCUAAAUCUUUGGCAGUUGUUCAAAAGUUGCAGACAAAUCAGCUUGUUCCAGAGCACCAAAAACAAAGUAUUGUGCAGCUUAAAGAGCAAGAAGGACUAGCGAAGCAAGGAGGUGAAAAGAGAAGAAAACGUAAAAGGGCAGGCGGCCCCAAUCCCCUCAGCUGUCUGAAGAAGAAAAAGAAGAAAACACAGGAGGGUCAGGAGCCUUCUGCUGAGAAGAAGAAAAGAAGAAAAAGAAAGCGAAAUAGAGUUAAAGCAGAAGCUGUGCAGUCGGUGCAGAAGAAUGAAGAAGAGUAACCCCAGCUUUGUAAACAAUGCAGGACUUGAACCUUGCUUGAACUUUGCAAAAAGAAAGGUUAACAUGCACUCAUGUGAAAUCAAAUUGUUAAUAUUAAAACUUAUUUU